AUGACUUAUGAUGAAUCAUCAAUCACUGCUGAAUAUGACCCAAUUAAGAAAGGUCAAGUACAAGAGAAUAUUGACCCAUUUUUAAUCUCUGAUUCUAUGGUAAUCAAAGGUUUUGCUACGAUGCUAGUGUAA